AGACAAGUAAAUAAAUAAGUUUGUAUAUUUUUCUCUGUAUGAAAAGUUAUUUUUAAAAUGACAGAUUCAGUUAAGCAAAUUAGUUUUGUUAUUGGGAACACUGAUUCUCUGUAGAGUUAUUUAAAAGUUGGAUUUCAGGAGUUGGGAAUUGGGAUCCAAGUCCAAGUAUAUAGGAUUUAAACCUUCUCUCAGAUGUAUGUAGUAGAGCUAAAAAAGACAACCAACCAGGGGUCAUCCAUCUGAAAUUGUAAUUGGCUCACCAAUCCAGGACAAAGUUAGAAAUCACAACUCAAGCAUAAGUCGCCUUUUCCUAACACUACUACAAAGAUGUUUGACAUUAAGGCUUGGGCUGAGUAUGUUGUGGAAUGGGCUGCAAAGGAUCCAUAUGGCUUCCUUACAACAGUUAUUUUUGCCCUUACUCCAUUGUUUCUAGCAAGUGCUGUACUGUCCUGGAAAUUGGCCAAGAUGAUUGAGGCCUGGGGAAAGGAGCAAAAGAAAACACAAAAAUGCCAAGAAAAUAUUGCAAAAGCUAAACAACUGAAAAAGGACUGAAGGAAUGAACAGGCUCCUCAACCAGAGGAAACUCAUUUGAGAAAUUAUGCAGCUUUGGAAGGACCCUGUAGGGUUUCUUUUCUGGAUUUAUGAUAGUAUUUAAUAAACAAAGCAUGAGCAUAUGGAAGAUGUUAGUUCUGACCACUACUGUAGCAACUUUUGGGC